AUGAAUUCUCAAAUAUAUUACAAGUUCAAAAGUGCCAAAGAUUAUGACAAUAUUACUUUCGACGGUCUCGGAAUCUCUGUUUUCGAUGCAAAAAAGGAAAUUUUAACUGCAAAAAAACUGAAAGGAAAUGAUUUCGAUAUUGUAGUUACCCAUGCUGAAUCUGGAGAAGAUUACCAAGAAGACACUGCAAUAAUACCUAGAAAUACACCUAUAGUCGUUCGACGAGUACCCACUAAGCAAGGAAAGGGGACUGCGCACCGUUAUUUAGAGGGAGUGCCAGCCCCACGCAAUGCAGCGACCGGAAAUCGAGUUAAUUAUGGAAAUGCUAAUGGAUCAAUGUCAAAAACUUUCGACUCUUCCAAGCAACAACAACAAAUGCAAAUUUCACGACCUUCCCCUAUUCCAACCAUAACUCACAGCUCUGGUGAAGAACAAACUGAAGAAGACAAAAUUGCAGCUAUGUUUGCUCAAUCAUCAGAAUUUUGGGAAAAAACACAGGAACAGAUGGCUUCAAAACCAGCACUUCGAAGGCCAAAUCAGCCUCGUCCGCAAGUGAAGCAACAAAUUCUAAAGGCUCUGCCACCAAAUUAUGUCUGUUAUAGAUGUGGGCAAAAAGGACAUUGGAUUCAAGCUUGUCCGACAAAUGGUGAUAGAUCAUUCGAUCACAUGAAAGUUAGAAAGACGACGGGAAUACCUAGAAGUUUCUUGCAAAAAGUUGAACAAGUGCCUCCCGGAGGAAAAGGAGUUCUUGUUACACAGGAUGGGAAUUUGGUUAUUGCGCAAGCAAAUGAAGCUGCCUGGCAAAAAUUUCAUGCUCGUCAAAAAUCAUAUGUGACUACAAAUGAAGUACUUGAAGAAACGCUACCGGUGCCUCCUGAACUCCAAUGCAUGAUAUGUGCCCGACUUCUUAGAGAAGCGGUUAUAACGCCGUGUUGUCAGGCCUCAUUUUGUGAUGAAUGUACGUAUCGUUAUUGUUGUUUGCAGAGACAACAAAUUUUAGAUUUUUGUUAUGAAUUUUAUAGAUUAAUUAGUCAGAUAGAAAAUAUAACAGAGUGUGGAAUUGAUGAUCCAAGACAAAUUGGUGGUCUCAGUCAAUGUCUGGAUUGCAAUGAGAAAAUUGAUUCCUACAUUAUUGAUAUAAUUACCGAACAAGAAGAUCAGCAGUUCAAGUGUCCAAAUUGUCAAUCUCAAUUAUCACCUGAUGGCUUAUUACCUGACAAAGCAACUAGAGAAGCUGUGAACAAUCAUUUAAGAGAUUGGGCAAGGCGUAGAAAUGAACAGAUUGUACCUGAGGGUAAUAGUGAAGAGGAAGUUGAUAAUAAUAAUAACAAUGACUUGAAUAUGAAUAAUGUGGUUGUUGAAGAGGAUACGAUAGAAGUGUCAACAUUGGCUGAAACUUUAGUAGUGGAAAAGGAUCAAACACCACCAACAACGGAUCUCAUAGAUCAUGAACCACCUCCAAAAGUGAAGGUUGAGCCGGUUGUUACUAAAGUCGAAUUGCCAAAAAAACCAAUCCAUGAACUUCCUCAAAUACCUCCACCGCAACAAUCAAUACUCUCUCAACAAUCUCAGUUACCACAACAACGUACGGACAAUUUGGAUAUUACAAUGAUUUCGGAUUUGGUUAUGAUCAAGGAUACUGCUGGAUAUCCUCAGAUGAAUAUGAAUAUGAUGAAUGCGCCGGGCGGUUAUUACGACCCAUCAUAUUUUGAAUCCGGAUUUUACCCGGCCGAUCAUUUCCCGGCACAAUUCAUUCCACCCUUUAGACCACCAGUAUAUGAUGAAUUCUGGGAUAAUAGGCCAAUGAUUCCACCACAAGGUAAUUUCACCCCAUUUGGGAAUAAUGUGGGAGGUGGUAUGGGUGGUGGUGCUAUACAACCUUUCAGAGGUGGUUUUCGUGGCGCAUUUGCUCAACGUGGGGGUAACUUUCAAACCCGUGGCCGUGGUGGAGGUGGAGGUCGUGGAAGAAGUACAAAUUAUUUCUACGAGCAACGACCAUUUAAUAGCGGACACGGAAGUAGUAGUAAUAAUGAAUUUAGAAGAGAAUCAAGCAUGAGCCCUUCGGUGGGCAGGAGAGAAGCGUCCGAAAGACCAGAGUACCGGGAAGGUGAACAAAAGUAUGAAGAUGAGCGAUUAGUGGACGAUUUUGGACGUGAUUUGGCACGUCGAAAAUCGUUAACGUCACAUAAUUCUCCAGAUAAGGAUAGUCGUGACAAGCUAACCCCUCCCCUUUUACCUGAUCGUGAUAGACGCGAUAGGGACAUGAUAACAGAUGAAGAUUUGGAUAAUGAUCGAAGAUAUGUUGAUGAACGGCGCGUGUCGGAUGAUAGACGAUACUAUGAUGAUCGUCGAUAUUCCAUAUCCGAUAGAAGAGAUGAAAGGCGUGAAUCAAUUUCGGACAGAAGAAGCGAUAGAGACAGAGAUAAUAGACGUGAUGACCGUCGUGAUUCAUAUAAUAGUUCACGUUAUGAUGGUAGACGUGAAUCAAUUGGUGAUAGAAAAGAUAGUAGACGUAUUUCAAUAGACGAAAGAAAAGAUGACAUACGUAAUCAAGGUUUACCUAACGAACGUUAUAAUGAUCAGGAAAAAGCUCGAACCCCUUCUCCCAAUAAUAUGAUGAAUGAUGAAAAUGAUAAUGUUUCUUCAACAAAAGAUGAUAGGCCUACUACACCUCCUUCACCUGACAAAUUUCUAGAUAAACGUCGACAUUCUUCAUCUCACAAACAUCGAAGUAGUAAAUAUCACAGAUCGUCACAUCAUCGACACGAGUCAUUAGAUAAAGAAGACACGGAAAGAAAUUCUACAUCAAAGCUUCGUCAUACUCCCUACCCCAAAGAUGAUUAUCAUCGAAGUGGAAAUCGAAAACAUAAAAAACAUCAUACUUCACGUCAUCAUAGUAAUCGUCAUCGUAAUAGUAGGUCUAAAGAAGGCGAAAGUAUUAGACGGAGAAAUUAUAGCAGAGAUCGGGAUGAAC